AGCCCGGCUCUGUGUAUGCGGGGGGAGGAGCAAGAGUAUAAAACCGCGUGUGUGGCUAAGGGGCUCAGAGUCAACGUUCAGCUCGUCUCCAGCAUGAAGCUUUAUCCUCAGUCAGUCUGUCAGUUCGCCUUCCUGAGCCUCUGCUGUGUGCUGAUCACAGUGAGAGAGUCGGACAGCACGUUCGUCCCGGGAAGAUGUUUGUGUCCGCAGACGCAGCCGGGUGUCAGAGGGCAGCUGAAAGAGCUCUCGGUCUACCCAAAAAGCCCUAGCUGUGACAAAGUCACAGUAAUAGUCACACUGAAGAGCAACAAUGAGCCAGUGUGUCUGGAUCCAGGGGCACCGAUGGGCAGACAGCUGACUCGCUGCUGGAACAGAGCUCACAGGUUGGGUCGUGAUGUGACGCUGUGUCUGAAGAGGAGGAGGAGGGGAGGGAGAGGAAGAGGCAGAGGAGGUCAGCGCCACCGCUCUCGGCAGAGGAGUCCGGGUCACAACAGGAAAGCCUCAUCCUCUAACUCCCAAUAAUCAACCAGCCUGACACAAAUUAAAAAAAGCUACUGCACAGAGAGAAGCGUGCUCAUGCUGAUUCUUGCCACACUGCGGACUCCCAGGUCACCAGAGGCCGUUUAAAAAAAACAAAAAACAGCACGCUACCACUUCUCUUUCUAUAAACGUCACACAGCUCAGACAUCAAGCUCCCCUAACUGUUGUCUGAGCUGUAAAUCAAACUCUAUUCAUAGGCCAGCAGCAGGGGGCUUUGUUUUUUCUGUGCAAAUAACUGACGUAAAGUUGAAAACUGAGCCCUGGAGGCUCGCCAUAAAUGUUAACAGUUUAAAGCUUUAAAACACUGUUAAAUGUUCAAUGUAUUGUUCAUGUAUAAUUCUGUGUAUGCAGCUGGAAAAGCGAACUGAAGAGACUUAGUUGGUUAUUUAUUUUUAUAUGGAUGUGAACAUUUUUCAGACAUUGUUUCUUUUUUUAAAUAAAGAUAUCAAAAUAA